ACCCAUAGGGGAUCUAUUACAAGUGCUCAAAUGAACCGGCAGCUUAGAGACUAGCGGCUUCCUGGGAGCUGCAAUUACAUAAGCAUAUAUAUUUAAUACAAUAAUAAUUAAAAACGAGUAGCAGCGGUAUGCCUGGAUCAGCUACAGCUCUCCGACCAGAGAGACUGAAGAAGACCAAUGCAAGGCCAAUUCCCCUUGGUUUAUUCACCAUUAAUGAGGAAGAUGAACAGCAAAAGAAUGGAAAUUCCAGAAGACCGAAAGCGCCUGACAGCUACAAAGUGCAAGAGAAGAAAACUGCUGUCUCCAGCCGGCCCCACUCCACUAUUUCAGGGCAAAACAGCAACAACUCAGGAAAUAAGCCAGACCCUCCACCUGUGCUAAGGGUUGACGACCGGCAGCGACUGGCCCGGGAGCGGCGUGAGGAACGGGAAAAGCAGCUAGCUGCAAGAGAAAUAAUCUGGUUAGAAAAAGAAGAGCGAGCCAGACAGCACUACGAAAAGCACCUGGAGGAGAAAAGGAAGAAGUUGGAAGAGCAGAGGCUGAAGGAAGAGCGGAGGAGGGCUGCCGUGGAGGAAAAGCGAAGGCAGCGGCUGGAGGAGGACAAAGAACGCCAUGAAGCUGUUGUACGGCGCACGAUGGAAAGGAGCCAGAAGCCAAAGCAGAAGCAUAACCGGUGGUCGUGGGGAGGCCCUCUCCAUGGGAGCCCCAGCAUGCACAGCACAGAUCCAGACAGGAGGUCAGUUUCCACCAUGAAUCUUUCGAAACAUGUUGAUCCGGUCAUUAGCAAGCGGCUCUCCUCUUCAUCUGCAACUUUACUAAAUUCUCCAGAUAGAGCUCGCCGCCUGCAGCUCAGCCCAUGGGAGAGCAGCGUUGUUAACAGACUGCUGACGCCCACACAUUCGUUCCUGGCCAGAAGUAAAAGCACAGCUGCCUUGUCUGGAGAUACAGCAUCUUGCAGCCCCAUCAACAUCAUGUCCUACAAAGCUGCACACUCUAGAAAUCCGGUGGAUCGAACAAAACUCUUUGUAACACCGCCCGAUGGCUCUGCUCGGAGGAGGACUCUCCAUGGCACAGUGGCCUAUAGAAGAGAACGGGAGAGAGAGAACAUACCCUUCCACCUCACAUCCGGCCUCCGAAGGACUUUCUCUCCAUCUCGUCCCAAAGCCAGAUCCCCAGUUUCCUCCCGACUGUGGCUCCCAUCCAAGUCCCUUCCUCAUUUGCCUGGUACACCCAGGCCAGCGUCCUCCUUGCCUCCUGGAUCUGUCAAAGGUCCCCCUGCCCAGGGCCGGCCUCUAUCCCCUGGCAACAUCCGCCCUGUCAAGAAAGAAGCCAGAGUGGAACCUGAGAGAAAAGACCCUGAGAAGGAGCCUCAGAAAGUAGCCAGUGAGCCCUCACUAAGGGUCAAGUCACCUCUAGUGAAGGUAGAAGAAGCCACAUUUGAAGAAGGGACACCUGGUGAACCAGAGGCUGCCUCUGCUGCUCCAGCCCCAGCUUCAGCCUCAGCUUCGGCCCCAGCUCCAGUCCCAGCCCCCACUCCAGCCUCAGCCUCAGCCUCAGCCUCAGCCUCAGCCUUAGCCUCGGCCCUGGCCCCGGCCCCGGCCCCAGCCCCAGCCCCAGUCCCAGUCCCGGUGGCCGUCCCAGUGCCCAUCCCAGUGCCAUCAUCUACUGUGACGGCCAGUGCUUCUCCUAAGGCUUCGGCAGGCACCACUGACCCAGAAGAAGCCACAAGGCUCCUGGCUGAGAAGAGGCGGCUGGCACGAGAGCAGAGAGAGAAGGAGGAAAAGGAGAAGAGAGAGAGGGAGGAGCUCGAAAGACAAAAGAGAGAGGAAUUGGCUCAAAAGGUGGCGGAGGAGCGAACUCGCAGGGAAGAAGAAUCCCGCCGGCUAGAAGCUGAGCAGGCCCGGGAGAGGGAAGAGCAGCUGCAGAGGCAGGCAGAGGAGCGGGCGCGGCGCGAACGCGAGGAGGUGGAGCGUCUGCAGAAACAGAAAGAAGAAGAAGCUCGUGUUCGGGAAGAAGCAGAGAGAGCCCGGCAGGAACGGGAGAAGCAUUUCCAGAGACAAGAGCAGGAACGUCUGGAGAGGAAGAAGCGACUCGAGGAGAUUAUGAAAAGAACCAGAAAAACAGAAGCUACAGAUAAGAAAACUGUAGAUCAGAGAAAUGGAGAUAUAGCCAAGGGAGCUCUCACUGGAGGAACAGCAAUAUCCGCACUUCCAUGUAUGACGACAAACUCUCCAGGAAAUGGAGAACCGGGAGCCAGCCCACUUGUGGUUCCCUCACACCAAUCAGAAGUGACUGUGGAGAGUAUUCCUAAUUUAGAGAAACAACCAAAUGAAAAUGGAGUGUCUCUUCAGGAUGAAAAUUUUGAAGAAAUCAUAAACUUACCCAUUGGAUCUAAACCAUCCAGAUUAGAUAUUACCAACAGUGAGAACCCAGAAAUUCCUCUGAAACCAAUUUUGGCCUUUGAAGAUGAAGGGACGCUUGGGCCCCUGCCUCAGGUAGAUGGUGUUCAAACACAACAGACAGCAGAAGUUAUAUGAGCAUUUCUACUGAAGCACCAAAGCAGAAAUUUAAUAAGAAUUUCUACAAUUAAUGGAAUUCUUCCCAUGCCGUGAAGGACCAUCCCUCGUCCUCCAGUUUUCUAAAGAUUUCUUGAGCAUCAUUUUGAACAGACUUUAUUAAAACCAGCUAAAGACAACAGACUGGAUAGCUCUUCUAAUAAUUUUCGCCAAUAGAAAAAACAAACGCUCCUUGUUCUUCAGUACUUUGACAUGGCUUUUCCCAGUGAGCUCCUUUCAGCAAAUCAAUAUUUUUUUUCAUUCUCUGAAAGAUGAGAGCAUUUGGCGGCUAUAAAAGAAAUGGGCUGACUUGGCAUGACUAUUCGCAUAGAUAUUUCGGUCUUUAAAAGCUAACAGGUAAAAUUGGCACCAAAAAUUUACCUUUUACAAUACUUGAAAAAUAAGUACCUCUUUGCUCGACGAGUAGAAUGAAUAGGAGAGGUGUUUAAAUUAAGCCUGUUUGUUUAAAUUAUAUUGCAAAGAGAUCUAUUUGUAGAGGCAAAUUAUAGGCAAGUUACCAGUUUCUUGUACAUGCAGCUUGUACAUUCUGCAAACCCAGCUGUCACAUUCUUGCAUUUCUUUUUCCAAAAGCAUACUAAACAGUUUUUAAAUGUGAAGAAAAAAACAUUAUUUUUUCAGAGCAAGAAAAUAAUUUACUGUCCUCUAAAAUAAUGUAUUUAUAAAGUUUUUUCCAGAUAAACUAAUCAAAUAAAUUAGAAUAACGUGACAACAGUACAGAUUUGAUUUAUUAGAUUCAUUCCUUGUGGUACCAUAAGAGAAUGUCACUUAUGAUUCAGGGUUCUUUCCAAAGUCUGUGUGUCGCUGCUGUCCCCAGUGAUGGUGGGACUCAUCUUUGCCUUACCUGAUCACAAGCUAUGGGGUGGGGGUGGAUAGAAAGAAUUAAUAUUUCUUUAAGUAACAAAAUAGUGUUUGGUUUUGCUCGUUUAAGAGCAAUGAAAACAUGGAACGUUGACUGCUGGGCACACCCUGCCUGAGUGUCCCGGCUCCGUGGCACCCAUCAGCUUUCACCUUCAUCGUUCUUCACCUUUGCUGCUGAGCUUGGCUGUACAAACUUGCACUUUCAUUUACUAAUCUAGAUUCCAUUUUAUUUUACCAUUUUAGAAGCUACAAAUAACUAAAUAUUGAAGGAGAGGGAACAGAUGUUUUUAUGUGGAGUGUAAAAAAGGUAAACUUCUACCACUGUAGUGUAUUGGUUUUUAUUAAAAAAGAAAUUGGUUAAUCUA